AUGUCCUCCAUAUUUUGUGUUGUAUCUUUCGUCAAAGACGUUACAACCGCUAAUAAAUUUACUGCCGGAACUGCUAUUUAUCGAUCAGGAGAUGAUGAUCUAAUCGAAGAAAUAUGGAAAAAAAAUAUAGUUCUAAUCGUAACGUUUAACCAAUACAUUCCUUUAAACAUCUUCUCUCUAGGUGAUGAACCCACUAUUUAUGAUCUUCCGAUCGCACCAGCAUUCGGAUUCUUCUCUGCACCAAUCCAAGAUUCUGCCAUAACCGAAAAUGGUCAAGGAAUAUUUUGUUUGAAAAAAGAUGUCUAUAAUGGUGUAACAGGCAACCAAUCCUCCUUGUCUAUCCUUUGUAAAUACCCACUUCAUACUCGCCAUAAUAAUGUUGCAGAUGCAACUACUCGUCGCCCAAUUUUUUCAGUUGGUGGAGAGCUUAAUUAUCUUGGCUCUUCUAACACGAACUCAACUUCCACUGCCAAUAAUAACUCAAAUAAUUCCAACAAUAAACGCAAAAGACACGAAGAUCUUGAAAGAAUUGCCGAAAAAUUCAAUACUCACCCAAGCUCUAACAAUAACUUCAAUAAAAACACUCCACAAAGAACCUCUCGCGAUAAUGGUUCAAACCAUAUUCCUUCCAACACUUCCUCAGAAGACACGAGAUUUAAUCAUAUAUGUGCUACUAUGGAACAGAUUAAAGCUUCGGGAAGCUUCUCGUCUUCUAACCUACAUGCAACCAUGCCAGAAUCGAAUUUAGAUAAAGGAAAAGGUCCUAAAACUUAUUCUACAAAUACAAAUAUAAAUGCUCCAUCUUCACCCAUGAAUAUUAUUCCCACUUACACUCAUAACAAUUCGCCUACACCUCGAAGCCAAUCUGAAUUUUCAGAAUUUUCCGAAUAA